CGCCAAUCAGUUUUUUGCUUCUAUCUAGCAAACAAGUGUAGUAUUGUUUUUAUAGUUCGGUUAGUUUUUUGAUGCAGUUGAGUAUUUUACUAGUUGUUUUUAUUUGUUGCUUAGAAUAUUAGUAGUACUGACUAAACGUACUGACCUCCGAUUGAAUUAUUGCGGAGUAUUAGCUACAUACGAAACUGCCCGAAAAGUGGUCUAUCCAUUUUGGGUAGAGAAUUGUGCUAUGAAACUAAUUUUCAAUCGAAUAUGAAUUAAAUUUAAUGCCGACAACGAAGCAACAGCUGCCGCGCAUUUAAAUUCGAGAAAACGAUAAGCAAUCCUGGGUGGUUGUUUAGUGCAAUUCAUAGAUUUUAGUUUUAACAGAAGCAGCAGCAAACUACGCAGGUUUCUCUAAUUGUUAUAUGAGAGGAGGCGUGGUGAGCAGCGCUGAAAAGACUGAGUAAAAGGAAAAACCUGCAGUUGUAGCAACGAAACGACGAAAUAACGUGAUGACGGACGAGUGCAUUGCCAUAAAGUAUGAAUACAUGGGUAGAAAGGACAAAAGUGGCGUGUUAAUGCCGAAUUGUGAUAAGUUAGAUGCACAACCGACGGGACGAGAGAAAUGCACUGGUAAUGAAAACAAUGCGGUUGGACCCAAUGCGUCGUUCACAAACAAAAGCAAUAAUGGAAGUAUUGAGGACGCUGGUGCAGACUUUAACAAAUAUAUGGCAUAUAUGCCAACUGAACGUCAUGCGAGUGAAUACAACAUGAAUCAUAAAAAUCGCGGACUUGCCUUAAUUUUCAACCAUGAGCAUUUCGAUAUACCCUCAUUAAAACCGCGACAAGGUACCAACGUGGACUGUGACAACUUGAGUGCUGCUCUGAAAAAAUUGCACUUCCAGGUGAACACUUAUAAGGACUGCAAACUCAGAGACAUUCUCAAAUAUGUUGAUAAAGCUGCCUCUCAAGAUCAUACCCACAACGACUGCAUUGCCGUGGCUAUACUGUCGCAUGGUGAACACGGCUACCUCUACGCGAAGGAUGUGCAAUACAAAUUGGAUACUAUUUGGCACUAUUUUACUGCACAUACUUGCCCUACUUUGGCUGGUAAACCAAAAUUAUUUUUCAUUCAAGCCUGUCAGGGUGAUCAUUUUGAUCCCGGGGUACAUAUGCGUAAGACUGAAACAGAUGGUGAAACAUCGAUGAGCUAUAAAAUUCCAGUUCAUGCCGAUUUUUUAAUUGCCUAUUCAACCAUACCGGGCUUCUAUUCAUGGCGCAACACCACUAAUGGUUCGUGGUUUAUGCAGUCACUAGUGGAAGAGCUAAAUGAAAAUGGCAAAAAGCAUGACAUUUUAACAUUACUAACAUUCGUUAAUCAGCGUGUUGCAGUCGAUUUCGAGUCUUGUGUGCCAGAUUGUCCCAUAAUGCAUCAGCAAAAACAAAUUCCAUGUGUUACAUCAAUGUUAACUCGUAUAUUGCGCUUCACUGACAAACCUUCUAAAGGUGCUUAAGUCAUAACACAACUAUUUGAUGA